AUGUUCUUGAAACUGACCUUCGCACUGUGUCUUUUCCAUAAACAGGCCCAUGCUGUUCGUGAUGUCACGUACACGCUAGUCACUGACAGCUUUGCAGCAAGAAUUCUCUAUCAAAGAUCCAUAAAUAACGAGGAGCUGUGUCUGAAUAUCUGUUACGACCAUCACAUGUGCAAAUUCGUACAUUAUUCUGAGGACAACUGCACCGUUUACGAAUCGGGAACCAUCCUUUACCUCCCUGUUGCGAAUACAUACGAACUUGAUCGAACGCUAACUCUUCCAUCAUGCUCGAGGGAAGUCUUGCUUCGACCUACUGUAGAAUUCAAACCCAUCGAGGUGCCGCUAAAAGAGGGCGUAACGUGUAGCGGAUUCCCAUCUAAGUUGACAACCAUUCACACGUACUUGCCGAACAAAAUGAAGGUCCCGCUCUACAGCAUUUCCGACUUGAUGGGGAACUUCACUGAAGUGCAAAGGUUAUACUUUGCAAGUGAGCCACAAUCACAGUGUGUCUCUGUUCCCGUCUUUACUGGAGCCAGCCAUAGCAGACUAUACUUCGGAGAUGUCUACAACACCACCGGUUAUUCCUGGAUGCGUAUGCCUUCACUGGAAAGUGCGCAUGUGAGACUGGCGCUUGCUGCGGAAAUAUGGCGAUCGACGAAUACUUGUAUCCUUACGUGCCCAUGUUUGUGUAUGGUUAUACCUACAUUGGUCCCCACAAGGAAUCUGAAGUCGGGGGUACACUAACGAGCAAGCAGCAAUUCUACAUUGUUGACGUUGAAUGGCUUCAGUGAGUGCUACUCACCAUCAGCUGAC